UCAUCCCUAUGAAUGCGCCUCACGGUGCCCAACGUGUAUUUCGAUGAUAGGUCACGCAGAGGAUGACCGGUCAAGGCAUGUUCCUACAAUUCGCUGUUCAUGUCCUUCAUGCAAGCCAAGAAAUAAGGCUGCGAGGCUGCGCAUCGUUCGCCUUUUUCUGCCUUGUUACGUCCAACCAAUCAGAAAAUAUGGCGUCUGCAGAUUUGAGUCACAUAACCCAAAGGAAGGGUGUCCGUUUGAUUACUUGGGGAGAUAAGUUUUUGACUUUCUAUGCCACCAUGGCGUAAGUCUAUCAACCUUGUAAGGUUGAUUGGGGUGCAUACCUACUCUAGAAUAGUUUGCUGGAUCGAAUUGGAACUGUCCCCUUUGUAUCUCAAGGUGCGUCUCAAA